GGUUAAAAUUCAACGCGUUGUCGAUAAUUACCCUGUCAUAGGAUUAUCAUCUGAUAGUACGUGUUUAUAAAAGAGCUGCUGCAAGUCGCUCUCGAGGAAAGCUUUGCCCGUUCAACGUCAUCUUCCCCUCGCCUCGGCCAAACUCCUCAUCACUACACGCACCGCUCCUACCUGAGCUUCGACACAUACAACAUGACAGUUGUACAAACGCCUUGGUGGAAAGACGGCGUUGUCUACCAGAUCUACCCUGCCAGCUUCAAAGACUCCAACGGAGAUGGCAUUGGUGAUCUAAAUGGUAUCAUCUCUGAGCUAGACUAUAUACGCUCCAUUGGCGUGGAUAUCAUCUGGAUAUGUCCCAUGUAUGAUUCCCCUCAGGUUGACAUGGGCUAUGAUGUCCGCAACUACGAGGAUGUAUAUGCGCCGUACGGCACUGUGCAGGAUAUGGAGAGAUUGAUUGCUGAGACACAUGAGCGAGGCAUGAAAAUUAUAUUAGAUCUCGUUGUCAAUCACACCUCUGAUCAGCACAAAUGGUUCCAAGAAUCCCGCUCCUCAAAAGACAACCCCAAGCGCGAUUGGUACAUUUGGCGGCCGGCCCGCUACGUCGAUGGCCAACGCAAGCCCCCCAACAAUUGGGUUAGUAAUUUCUUGGGCAGCGCCUGGCAAUGGGACGAGCACACACAGGAGUAUUACCUCCAUCUCUUCUGCCCCGAGCAGCCCGAUCUCAACUGGGAGAACCCCGAGACCCGGCAAGCCAUCUAUCAGUCUGCCAUGGAAUUUUGGCUCCAGCGGGGUGUAGAUGGGUUCCGCGUUGAUACCGUGAACAUGUACAGCAAGGGUGAGAUGCUGGACGCACCGGUAACAGAUCCAGGAUCGGAGUGGCAGAUGGCUGGACUGCAGUAUUGCAAUGGACCAAGGAUGGCAGAGUUCUUGGCUGAGAUGAAUGCCGUUCUGGGGAAAUACGAUGCCAUGACGGUGGGAGAGUGCCCGAAUACACCAGAUAUGAAGAGGGUCCUGCAGUACGUCAGCGCAAAGGAGAACCAGCUCAAUAUGGUAUUCCAGUUUGACGUAGUAGAUGUCGGUCAAGGCCCCUAUAAGUUCCAAACUACACCGAAGAACUACACCUUGCCUCAAUUCAAACGUGCCAUCGCCCGCACCCAAGACCUGGUCCGCCCUCCUUCGGACGGCUGGACCACCGUAUUCCUCGAGAACCACGACCAAUCGCGCUCCAUCACGCGCUUCACUUCCGAUGCACCCGAGCAUCGUGUCGCUGGCGGCAAGAUGCUUGCCCUGAUGAUGACCACGCUGUCGGGCACUUUGUUCAUCUACCAAGGCCAGGAGCUUGGCAUGACGAACUUCCCUGAGAGCUGGGACAUGAGUGAGUACAAGGAUGUCGAUUCGUCCAACUACUACAAGAUGGUGGCUCAAAGGACGAACAACGACCCCACCGCCCUCGCAGCAGCGCACAAGUCGCUACAGCAUCUUGCAAGGGAUCAUUCAAGAGUACCGAUCAGCUGGUCCACCGCCCCACAUAACGGCUUUUCACCACCAGAUGCAAAAGCCAAGCCAUGGAUGCGACCGCUCGAAGACGCGGCAGUAUGCAACGCGAAGCAGCAGCAAUCGGAUAAGAAGUCCGUGCUCGCAUUUUGGAAACACAUGCUCCAGGUGCGAAAGGAGUACAGGGACUUGCUGGUGCACGGCCAGUACGACGAUCUCGAUGUAGAGAAUGCGAACCUGUUCGUUUUCAGCAAGACGUGGAAGGGCAAGAAGGCGGUUGCAAUUUGCAACUUCACGGAUAAGGCGCAGGCGCUGGAAUUCCCUCAGCCGGUUAGGGAUGAGAAGAAGGAGUUGCUUGUCAGCAGCUUUGAUCAGCCUGCUGAACGGGAGCUUGGAGCAUACGAGGGCAGGAUUUAUCUAUUGCUUUAGAUUACCUAGGUAGCACUAACGAUGUGACGAACACCGAACAGGUUUUAGAGUAGCCGCUAGAAUGAAGGUGCUUACGGAAGGACCCUCCUCGGUACAUGACAAUGAUCACCACUGUACCUAUGUGGUUUGGCUUUUGUUUGAUGUGUAGAGUGAUGAAUGGAGCUGGAAAACGCCAUGCGCACAUAUGUUGUUCGAUUGAGUAAGCAAGGCAUAGAAGAUGCACCAGCUGCUACACGCGACAGGUUCAAAUUUCGAGCAGG